AUCCUUCGCCGCGCAGCUCUGACGGUCAUGUGACUGGUGACGUCGGACCAGGAAGUGGGGUGCUGCUGCUGCUGCUGCUUCUGCUGCUGACAAUCUUCAUCUCUGCCACAGACGACCAUGACGUCCAUCAUUAAAGAAACACGAAGCAUAAAAGAAGCGGUGACUUUCAUCAACGCGAUUGAUGUGAACAAGUUCUCCAGGAUGAUCUCUCGCAUCAUACAGAAGCUCCAUCUGAAGGGAGAGAAGACGUUCAGUGAAGAGGAGGAGCAAAAACUUCAGGCUGCUCUCUCAUUGGAUAAACAGGCUCUCAAUUUAGUCCUGGAAACCGCUGCCUUCAUACUUGAGCAGGCUGUGUAUCAUCACGUAAAGCCGGCCUCUCUGCAGCAGCAGCUGGAGGCCGUUCAUCUGAACCCAGACAAAGCCGAGGUCUUCUCUCAAGCCUGGGCCACCGCUGGACCUGAGCUAGUGGAGAAGCUCAAGCAUAACAUCUUUGCCCCAAAGAAGCUGGAGUUUGUAGGAUGGCAGUUAAACCUGCAGAUGGCCCAGUCCAGCCAAGCCAAACUGAAAUCUCCCAGUGCCGUCCUCCAACUGGGGCUUCGCAAGGAAGACUCUGAGGUCCAGGAAAAUGUCUUUGUUGAGUUUAACCACCAGGAGCUGCUUGAAUUCUACAACAAGCUUGAAAUCGUACAAGGACAGUUGGAUUCUUUGACUUGAUGCCUGCUGCUCUUUGUAGGACACCCGCUUUCCACACACAUACACACACACACACACACACACACACACACAUUUACACACAAACAGAUGUUGUUAGUGUUGUUGCUGACAGCGAUGCCAGCUGUUUGAAGCCUAGAGAUUUCAUUAUUGCUCUAAUUUAUUAGAGAGAAUGUCAGAAUGGGUUGACAGGAGUCUCUUUCCCCUUUGAGCUCCAUUCAAUCCAGGUCUGUGUUCAAAUGUUUUUUGAAAUGCAAUCUCUUCAUCAAGGAGAUGUUGGGGAAACCAUUUGUCUGUACCCUGCCAUAAGUAACACAAUGAUGAAUUGUUCUUCAAAUGAGUUGUAUGAAGUUAAAGUGUGCCAAUAGCCAGCGAUGUAAAAAGAAAUGAUGUGAAAGACUUGAAACAGAAAUGUAUUUUGUAACAUUCUAAUAAAAUCUGAAUUGGAGAUGAAAUCCUUCCAAGCUG